AUGGCACGCUGCUCUGGUUGCUCACUCCGUUUUGAAUUCCUUGCUGAAGGAAUGCGUUGUGGGCGCUGCACCAACCGUCCAGCUCGUGAUAGCAUUGAUGAUUGGGGGCUAUGCCGCAGAUGCGGUAGCGUCUACGAGCAUCUCGAGGGCGAGAUAUGCUUCGAUUGCGAGAAGUACACUGGCGACGAUGGCGCUCAGCAGCUUGCGAAGAAUGCCAUUGCGAAUCCCGUCGACCCCAGGAAGCACACCUUACCUGGCGGUAGAAGCUCAUCGGCAGAAUCAGAUGUUCAGGCCAUUGAUCCGGAGGCCUAUGCUAAGGCGAAGGCGGAAGUAGCACUUUCACGAAUGCGAAAUGGAUAUGCAGAUGCCAUGGCCCGUGCAGCACCCGGAGUCAAGGUUGCUCGUUCAAAGUUAAAGGGUAGCUUGGGUGUUGUUUCUAAACCAGUCAAGCUUCUGAACAUCUCCAUCCAGAAGAUGACGGAUUACGACGGAGGAAAGUACCGCUCCGGGCCUGUUUUUCACGCAUGGCAGCGUCGCUACCCCGAGGACACCCCAAUGGAUGAGGUAUUUAACGACGUGUUCCAUCUGGUCGUUAACACAUACAUCGCCAAACCGAGGGAAUACCGUAUCUACGACAUGUCCGAGUACCAGAUUCUUUGGCAUCGCUCGAAGACUACCGUUGAAUCGGAGAUGUGUAAAGGGACAGUUGGUGAUCUUUGGCACGCUGUCUCGACUAACUCAUUUCUGGUUCCGCCGGGCGAUUAUAAGGCUGCUGCGAUGGUCUGGCACGUUGAUGUUCAGUAUGACGACAGCCGUGAGCCACAUAUUGAGGAUGUUGAGGAUGUAGAGCCAAAGACACAGAUCGUUCCUCGCUCCAAGCGUGCUAAUAGUGUUGCCUCUACUGCACUCCGCACUCAAAUAGAAUCGCGCUCCGGCAAGAAACCACGACUUCUGCCUGCGGGAAAGGACGCCUAUGUUACACGAGUCGUCAAUCCCUCUGGCACCUCGUACACCGUCAUUAAGGGCGCAUGGAAGUUUGGGAAAGGAACCUCCGUUAUCUGGGUCGAAGAAGAAGACGUUAAGCUCAAGGUCAUCGUCGAGAAAACACCAUUUGCAAGUGGUGUAACUAAGAAAGCGCACAAGGCUUACAUUGGAACGGAGAAGAUUGCAGCCAAGUAUUUCUACGAUAUUCACGACGGAUCCAGCAGCGUUCUCCCGGAAGAGAACCUUCGAUGCCUGAAGGACGAACUCUUGCGCCUCCAAAUGCUUGGACGCUCAAUUGUCAAGUUUCUAUCGAUCUCGAAGCAGGAGCGUGUCUCGGUAUACAAUCUUCGCGUCCCAGAAUCGUAUGUGCUUCGAACUGUCGAGGGAGAGGACCAUGCGUGGCUUGCGGACCCGCUCUUCGAAGGUGCUGAGGUCCAGAAGUUCUCUGGGACUUCCCAAGCAGGCUCGAAUAGCGAGAGCCUUGUCGGUCAGACGUGCGACGCCCUAGCGCACUUUUCCUUUCAUGAUUCGGAGGGUUCUAUUGUUUUUGUUGAUAUUCAAGGCUUUGACUCCGCAAGCCUUCCAAUGUCGUCUCGCCAAGGAAGAACAGCUGCACAUGCCCUUACUCUUUUCGAUGUAAUGAUCCACAGUGUCGAGAAGAGCUACGGUCUUGGAGAUCAGGGGACGUCUGGUCUCGAGGAUUUCGUCUCCCAGCACCGAUGUAACAGCAUCUGUAAAGCACUGGGACUUACUGAUGUUACAGAUAUCUGGAAGGAAGUCACUGCAGAACUCAGUGACUGGGAAGCGCAAUCUAUGUCUGUUCCUGACGUUGAUUUAGCUCCCAAACGUUCACCCUCCCCUGUCCCAUCGGAUAAAGGCCACUCUGGCCUUACAGGCCUCAACCAGUAUGGGGAGUCCGAGUCCUCUGAGGAAGAUUGA